CUUUCCAUAUACCGUCUCUCAUUUCCACAAAAAGAAAGAUACAAAUAACAAACUUUUCUUGAUUUUUUUCUUGCUAUUAAGGUAAUUUUAAAAUGGGAAGGUCCAAGUGUUGUGAUAAGGAGGGUUUGAAGAAAGGGCCAUGGACACCUGAAGAAGACCAGAAACUCUUGUCUUGCAUUGAGGAACAUGGUUGUGGUAGCUGGCGUGCUUUGCCUGCCAAAGCUGGUCUGCAGAGAUGUGGGAAGAGUUGUAGGCUUAGAUGGAUAAACUAUCUAAGGCCUGAUAUUAAGAGAGGAAAGUUCAGCUUACAAGAAGAAAGAACCAUCAUUCAGCUUCAUGCUCUUCUUGGUAACAGAUGGUCAGCAAUAGCAACUUAUUUGCCAAGCAGAACAGAUAACGAAAUAAAAAACUACUGGAACUCACGUUUGAAGAAAAAAUUAACCAAAAUGGGCAUUGAUCCAAUGACUCAUAAGCCAAAAAUCACAGAUAACAAUGGUGCCUCUUCAACUACUCAAUCAAAAUAUGUUGCAAACCUUAGUCACAUGGCUGAAUGGGAAAGUGCUCGACUCGAAGCAGAAGGUAGGCUUGUUCGUAGGUCAAAAGACUCUAAAAUCCUCUUCAAUAACAAUAAAACUCACAAGUACCAAAUUCCUCGACCUUAUUAUCAAUUCCCUUGUCUUGACGUAUUAAAAGCAUGGCAAAGGGCUAGCACAAAAUUACCAACAUCAAAUGACAUUAGUACCAUUCUCCUUGAUGGCUCUGCUAGUAACAGUCCGAAGGACAAAAACCUCGAAUCAUUGAUACCAUCAACGGGGAAUUUGGUCAUGAACAAUGUAUCAACUACUGUGAAAGUUGAUGAAAAUCUUCCUUUGCCUACAAUCAACUCAUGUUUUGAAGACCCUUUCUCACAGAAAGAGGAUCUCCAAACAGAACUUCCAAGUUUCAUGCAGGAGUUUUCAGGGCUAUUUCCGGAAUAUACACAAAAUUCAGCAAAUUAUUCUACUGGACAAUUGGAUAAUUUUAUGGGAAGCGGCUCUGGGGAUUUUGAAGAUAACAAGUUUAAUUGGAACAAUUUCCCUAAUUAUUUGGCCAAUUCACCUAUUGGUUCUCCAGUAUUGUGAGUGCUCAUGUUGUUCUACUAGCUAUAGAAAAUUGUACUUCUUUGACUUUAGUUUUUGUUGUAUGACUAUGGUAGCACUUUAGAUGUAUUAGCAGGAUUUGUAACGCUAGCUCCUUAUUAGCGUGAAGUUUAGUUAUGAAAUGAUUUGAUUAAAAUUUAAAUCGUGUAUCCUUACUUU